GGCGGCGGCGGCGGGAUGGGGCUGCUGCUCAUGAUCGUGGCGUCGGCCGUGCUGGGCUCGUUCCUCACGCUCCUCGCCCAGUUCCUGCUGCUCUACCGCAGACAGCCCGAGCGGCCCGAGGACGAGGCUGCCCGCGCGGCCGACGGCUUCCGCCACGUCAAGCCGGUGCCGGGCCUGCCCCUGCGGGAGUACCUCUAUGGCGGCGGCGUUGGCGGGGCCGAGGAGCCGUCCCCCGAAGGCGGCGGCGGCACGAGCCCGGACGCCGCCGCCCCUCCGACCACCGAGACCUGCUACUUCCUCAACGCCACCAUCCUGUUCCUGUUCCGGGAGCUGCGGGACACGGCGCUGACCCGCCGCUGGGUCACCAAGAAGAUCAAGGUGGAGUUCGAGGAGCUGCUGCAGACCAAGACGGCCGGCCGUCUGCUGGAGGGGCUGAGCCUGCGGGACGUGUUCCUGGGCGAGGCGGUGCCCUUCGUCAAGACCAUCCGGCUCGUGAGACCCGUGCUGGUGGCCCCCAGCGCCGGCGAGCCCGACGGCCCCGACGUGGGGGACACGCUGCCGCCCGCCGCCUGUCCCGAGGAGCUGGCCUUCGAGGCCGACGUGGAGUACGCCGGCGGCUUCCACCUGGCCAUCGACGUGGACCUGGUGUUCGGCAAGUCCGCCUAUCUGUUCGUCAAGCUGUCCCGGGUGGUGGGGAGGCUGCGCUUCGUCUUCACCCGCGUGCCCUUCACCCACUGGUUCUUCUCCUUCGUGGAAGACCCGCUGAUCGACUUCGAGGUGCGCUCCCAGUUUGAAGGGCGCCCCAUGCCCCAGCUCACCUCCAUCAUUGUCAACCAGCUCAAGAAGGUCAUCAAACGCAAGCACACCCUGCCCAGCUACAAGAUCAGGUUUAAGCCGUUUUUUCCACACCAAACCUCACAAGGACUUGAAGACGAUGACGAGCACGUCCAUAUACAACAGUGGGCACUUACUGAGGGUCGUCUUAAAGUGACGCUGUUAGAAUGUAGCAGGUUACUCAUUUUUGGGUCCUAUGACAGAGAAGCCAAUGUUCAUUGCACACUUGAGUUGAGCAGUGGCGUUUGGGAAGAAAAACAAAGGAGUUCUAUUAAGACGGUUGAAUUGAUCAAAGGGAAUUUACAAAGUGUUGGACUUACACUUCGCCUUGUCCAGUCAUCUGACGGGUGUGCUGGCCACGUCCUCAUUGAGACUGUGGCUCCAAAUUCGCCUGCUGCAAUCGCAGAUCUUCAGCGUGGAGACCGGCUCGUUGCUAUUGGGGGUGUGAAAAUCACAUCGACACUGCAGGUGCUGAAGCUCAUCCGGCAGGCCGGUCCCCGAGUCCUGGUCUGCUACGCGAGGCCUGGGGGCCAGAGCCACCCAGGUGCAGGCCUGCAGGACAACUUCGGGCAGUUGGAGGAAAACUUUCUAUCAAGCUCCUGCCAACCAGGUUAUGAAGAGGAAGCUGCUGGGUUGGCAACAGAUGCUGAAAAUAGAGACCUGGAUUCUGAAUUUGAAGACUUGGCAAGUGAUGUCAGAGUGCAAACUGAGUUCAAAGAGGAGGGACAGUCUUUAAGUCACAGUCCCAAGCGUAUUCCAACAACACUUUCUGUGAAACCCCUUGGCGCUAUAUCCCCAGUUUUAAACCGUAAAUUAGCUGUAGGAAGUCACCCACCACCACCAAAACUUCCAUCCAAAGAAGGAAAUAAACCAUCAGCCCCCAAAACUUCUGAGAUCUCAGAGCCAGCCCAAGUGUCAAAAUCCACUCAAGGACCCACUUUCAAACCACCUGUGCCACCACGACCACAGAUAAAAAUUGCUUUGCCUUCCACUGACACCUCAACUCAGGCCGACCCAGAUGUUGUUGAAAAGCCAGAGAAGGUGCUGCCGCUGCCUCCCCCUGCUAUUGCUGCCACCGCUGGGGAAAAACCCUUUGACAAGCAAGCAAAGAGCACGGAUAAUGAAGAUGCAGGCCCCAGUAAGCAGCCUUCAGCCAAGCAGGAAGUGACAAAGGACAUGACUUCAGAAAGUUCCUGCCCUACUAAGGAUAUGUCAGAUGACCGUCAAACAUGGGAAUCAUCUGAGAUUCUGUAUCGUAAUAAGCUGGGGAAAUGGUCAAGAACCAAAGCGUCGUGUUUGUUUGACAUAGAAUCCUGCCACAGGUACCUGAAUGUUGCACUGUGGGGCAGGGAUCCUUUCAAGUUGGGAGGUCUCAUCUGUUUGGGGCAUGUUAGUUUAAAACUUGAGGAGGUGGCUCUGGGGUGCCUCGCUACGUCAAACAUGGAGUAUCUUUCAAAAUUCAGACUGGAAGCCCCUGCACCUAAGGCCAUGGUCACUAGAACUGCACUACGCAAUUUGAGUAUGCAAAAGGGCUUCAAUGACAAGUUUUGCUUUGGUGACAUUACUAUCCACUUCAAAUAUUUGAAGGAAGGAGAACCAGAUCACCAUGUAGUUACUAAUGUAGAGAAAGAAAAAGAACUCCAUUUGGUUGAAGAAGUUUCUACCCUCCCCAAAGAGGAACACUUUGUUGGACAGAUGGGUCUAUCAGAAAAUAAACAUAGUUUCCAAGAUACCCAGUUCCAAAACCCAACUUGGUGUGAUUACUGUAAGAAAAAGGUUUGGACGAAAGCUGCCUCUCAGUGUAUGUUGUGUGCUUAUGUUUGUCAUAAAAAAUGUCAGGAAAAAUGUCUAGCUGAGACUCCUCUUUGUGGAGCAGCUGAGAGGCGAGUAGACCGGACCUUGAAAACCCUCAGGCUGGAAGGACAGGAGCCCCUUGUCAGCCUGCCUGCACGUGCUGAGACGGAAGCUAAGUCAGUCAAUAGAACGACAGGUUUGACGAGGCACAUCAUUAACACUAGCUCUCGUUUGCUAAAUUUACGGCAGGUCUCUAAAACUCGCCUUUCUGAACCAGGAACUGAUCUGGCAGAACCUUCACCAAAACACACACCCAACACAUCAGACAAUGAAGGUAGUGACACUGAAGUCUGUGGUCCAAACAGUCCCUCCAAACGGGGAAACAGUGCAGGAAUAAAGUUAGUGAGAAAGGAAGGUGGGCUGGAUGAUAGUGUUUUCAUUGCAGUUAAAGAAAUUGGCCGAGAUCUGUACAGAGGCCUGCCUACAGAAGAAAGGAUCCAAAAGCUAGAAUUCAUGUUGGAUAAGCUGCAGAAUGAAAUUGAUCAGGAGCUGGAACACAAUAAUUCUCUUGUUAGAGAAGAAAAGGAGACGACAGAUACAAGAAAAAAGUCCCUGCUUUCUGCUGCUUUGGCUAAGUCAGGUGAAAGGCUCCAAGCUCUAACACUUCUCAUGAUCCACUACAGAGCAGGCAUUGAAGAUAUGGAAACCUUAGAAAGUCUGUCUUUGGACCAGCACUCCAAAAAAAUCAGCAAGUAUGCGGAUGAUACAGAAGAAGACCUUGAUAGCGAAAUAAGCCAACUGAUAGAGACUCCGCCAUUCAGCAACAUCUCAGAUGACUUAUUUGGCCCAUCUGAGUCUGUGUAGUAAACAGGAUGAACUUUCCAAUGGUCAGGGACAAAAUGCAUUUAAAGGACCUGGAUGCCACCAUGUCUUGGUCCUCUUGUGAUGCACUUUGGCCUGCUUUUGCAGUUGUUUGCCUAUGCAGGAACAGGGAGGAAAAGGGUGGUUUUCUAGCAGAAACAUGACCAUCUCACCAAGUUGGUUGUUUCAGGUUGCAUUUAUAGUUACGCUUUUUGGGGUUUAUACUGGGAAUUGGUUUUUUACUAAUUUAUUUUUAAUCUUUUCUAAUUAUGUAAAUGACAUAAGCUAACUUCAUGUUAUAUGUGUGACGUCUCACAUUGUUCUUUUUCUUUCCCUUGGCUUUUGAAUUAGUGUUAAGGAGGAUAUUAUCCAGAUUCUUGAAAUGUUUCAUGUUUGUUUUCAUCACGGUUACAAGGAAUCUGCUGCAUGCCCAAGUCGAUCACAGCAUCAGUCCUGAGGGAUCAGGUUUAAAUCUCUGUUCUGUGUUUAUAAGUUUGUCAUCUCUACUUGCCUGAGAUUUGUGUUAUUUUGAGUUGGGGGGGUAGGGGGUGGUUUUUUUCUUUUUUUUGCCAAAUGUAACAUGAAUGCUUAUCCUACAGAUUUAGUUUUAAAAGUUUCUACAUAUAUAGUUUUCUAUGCUUCUGUGACCUUUUUCCCUAAAGCUUUCAUGCAUUUGAAAUACAGUAAAAUUAUAAUGGUAGUUAAUUAACUGGACAAGCUUGUACUGAAAAAACUCAAUAGGGAAUAAGUAUAGAAUAUAGAUGGACAUGAAUUUUAUAGAGAAGAUAACAAGAUUUCAUUACUAAGGAACAGUAGCCAGCAGGAUUUUGAAAUAUUUUCAAAAUGUUGAUGCAUUCCUUUUCAGUGGAAGUGCUGAGCACUCAAGAUGGCUUCUCAUCUUCGGUUCUGCCAUAGGAAAUAAAGCAUGUGUAAGGAUAUUUGAAAUUUCCAAAGACUUUUCUGAAAAUGACUGCUGAUAACUGGUUCAGUACAUAUUUACUGUGUCAUCUGGGAUCAUACAGGCUGACAGGCGUACUGGUCAUUCUGAAUUUUUCUGUAGUUCAGACUGUCUUCAUUCAUUGUAAAAAACAUUCAAAACAGGAAAAGGAAAUAAAAUAGUAUACUUAGGAAUUGGGACCAGUUCUCUCAGAAGGAAGAUCUACCUGCUGUGGUGCUAGAUCCAUUGUAAGGAUGCCGGCAACACACCCCUGAGGGAAGCUGCGUGAGCUUGACCUCUGUUGGUGUAUCUUAAAAGUCUGGGCCUGUUACAUACCUAUACAAUAGAUAUUUUUUCCCUUUGCAGGCACCUGCUAUGAUAAUACAUAAACUGGCAUGAAUUAAAACUAUAUGAAACUGCUCUUUGGCCAGCAGGAAAAUGCAUAGGAUAACAGUAAGGACUCUGGCCCAGUAUAGUCCAAACUCCACACUAAGUUCCAGCUCUUCCUUUAAGGAACUGCUCAACUAUAGGAAAAUCCAGAGAACCCCUGCAGCAGUGUCCCGUCUCCUAAGGUACUCACUCUACCUCACAGGAAUGUUGUGAGGAAAACUAGCAUGACUACAAAAGCGCUUUGAGCAGUUAAAGAGCUGUACAAAUAAAAGGUCUUAUUUAUACAAGAAAACCGUUUGAAUGUAGAGAAGUUAUUCCACUUUCAAACUCAAUAGCCAAUGCAUCCCUGUUACAAAGUGAACUGUAGGACACUAACUAUUAUCAGAACACAUACCUUUCUGGGCCGGUUUCCAGCAAGAGUAUAUCUGUGCACCCUUUUCUUCAUGUUUACUUAAGCAUGCACACAUUGUAAAAUAACCCAGUAAUAAAAGACCACAACAAAUUCCCCCAAAGCUAAAAUGUUGUUUCAUAGCAUAUGCUUGCAACAAUCUGCCUAAUGUAUAACUAACUGCAUUUCAUCUUGUAAAAAAAAAUGACCACUUGCCAUAAGCAAGUUGGAAGGUGGUGGUGUGUCUGUAAGUAGCUGGUGGGUUCAUGCAUCAAACCAUGGGGUGUUAGCAAUACUCAAGCAUAAUCCUGAAACAUGCACUUGGAAAGCUGCAGACAGAAUGCAGAACUGUAAUUUCCCAAGAAUCGACUUCUGUUUUAAAGUAUUGAACUCUAGAACCACAUAGUGGAAAGCUCAGCAGUGCUGCUAAUGACAUUUGUAAAGCAUAUCUUCACUGUAGUGCAAUAUUUUUCUACCUCUAGGAGAGGCAGUAGAGGCAUCCCAGUUACACUUUAGAGCAGGGGAAAUACUCCCAAGUAGACUCAAGGGUAAGUAAGGCAGAUGUUACCAUGAAAAAGGUUGUAUUUUCUUAUAUUACUGAUGUAAUCUUGCUGCCAUGCUGUGUUCUCAGUAGCUUAAAAAUAAAGACUACCACAAGAAAAAAAAAAAAACAAAAACCAAACAGACUAUCUUCAUUUCAUGACAUCUAAAACCACGAUGAC